UCACCAAUAAACCAACAAACGGCUAUCUUUCAUCAUUCGAAUCUUCCACUGGUUAGAUAGUUAACAAACAGUUCAGAAAAUUAAUAUUUACAACAAUUACUUCUAUCGCUCUCAUCGCUGAAUAAUGAUACAUGAACCGCUGUCCGCGUUCGUUGUUUACUUGAUUACGGUGAAUUACUCUGAUCUCGCCCGAUCAUGUUCUGCUUUCUAUUACUAUCAACUGUAGUGGUGGUUUUACUGUUCGUGUGGUACAGGUGUGCAGACGCCGAUCUUACGCUCUUGUUCUGCCAGAGAUUCAGUCAGGAUAAUUUAAAGAAAUACGCCGGUCGAGUAAUCUGGAUAACCGGAGCUUCAUCGGGGAUUGGCGAGGAGAUCGCCUACAGUUUCUCAAGGUUGGGCGCCCGUUUGGCAAUCAGCGGGACACGGACUAAUGCCCUUGAAAGGGUGAAGGGAGAAUGUUUGAAAAGGGGAGCCUUAGAAGUCUUGUGCGUUCCGUUUAAUUUGGCCGACUGUGCAAGCCACCAAGCGGCGUUUACCAGGGUCAUUGAAACUUUUGGUGCGUUGCAUGUGCUGGUAAACAAUGCGGGCCAACUUCAGCGUGCGGAGUUCGUUUCCAGUUCUGUUGAUAUCGAAAAAGAGCUAUUCAAUGUGAACGUCUUCGGCAUUACAAACAUUUGCCGCGUAACAGUUAAACAUUGGUUAUCGACUGAUCAGGAUAUGGCUCAGCUUUUUGUUACAUCUAGUGCUGCCGGCAAAAUGGGAUCACCGUUCAGUGCUGCGUACGCCGGAUCGAAACACGCUUUACACGGAUACCUUGAAACACUACGGGAUGAACUCAGUUGCUCCGAGUCCAAUAUUAAAAUCACAAUCGGCUGUCCUGGACCGGUAAAAUCCAAUCUACGCGCUAAUGCACUCACUGGAAAGGUGGGUGAGCGAUAUAAUAGGGUAGACGACGCCAGUGAGAGAAGGCUGAUGGAUACUUCACGCUGUGCCGAAUUCAUCGUAACAGGAAUCGCCAAUUCGUUAGAUGAACUUUGGAUUGCUGAGCAACCUCUGUUAACUUUGUAUUAUAUUUACCAGUAUUUUCCAAGUACUUUCCGCCUAUUCCUCAUCAAGUUCAUAAUGACCAAAAAACGGAUUCAAGAAUUUCGAAAAGGGGAGUAGAUGUUGGUUUUUGCAAUCGCCAAAAACAAUGAAGUCCGAAACAAUUGUGAAAUAUCUUCUGGAACAUCUUCCUGAGUACACGCAAACAUGCUAAUUAAAGUAUGCUAUUAAAUCGUCCAAGAGUGUGAAUUUAUACUAACGCAUUUUAAUACAGAUUCUCAGACUGUUACCGACUGAACUUUCAGCUAACCAAGGUUGAAUUUUAAACAUGAUAUUGAAAAUCUUUGUUAGAGUAUCCCUAUCACUCGUUAAACAACUAUGCAGACUAUAAGUGUAACUCUUCUCUGAGCAGUACGCUUUUCUUAAAGAAAUGCAGAAAGAUGGCGGCGUUGUAAAAACGGAUUAUUGAAGACUUGGUAUAUGAGCCAAUAGACUAAUCCCUUACUUUUUACAUCCGCCUGGUUUUUGCAUGGUGCUUUUACCGAAAUAUUUAACAAAACAUUUUCGUCUGCAGUACUUUAAGCCAGCAUGGAAAAAACUAAGUAGCAGGGCCAAAUAAUAAAAAAAAAGACAAAUUUAAAUGUGAUGGGUGACUGUCUCAUAUAGGGUGACUGCCUCAUGUAGAUGUUCCAUAAAAUAAAAUUAAAUCAAUACUAUUUAGCAAACAUUUUUUAUUAACUUUUGUUUUAUUGUUCUGUAAAAAAAUAAAAGUAAAUAGAAUAUAAACGUCCUGCACAAGAAGUAACAUUGUAGUUCAAUAGUUGCUGAUGUAAAGCUGCCUUUUUUCCCCCUUAUUCUUCGAUCGUUUUUAUUGUUUUAUUUUGACUUUUUAAAUUCGAAGAAACACUUAAAAUAAGAAAAAUCUACGUUAGUUUGCAGAAUGUCGUCCAUCGCAUCACAUUAUAUUAGUCGUUCGGAGUAUACUUAGUCAUAGUUGUAUUGAACAGUAUCCAGCGUAUAUUUCGUAAGAAGAUUCGAAAACAACGUUGAUUUUCUAUAAAUCUGGCCAUCAUGUUCGACUAUCCGUCCUGAUAAUAAACAAAUGAUUGCAUGCUUAAGUCUUAAUUUUGUGACAAAAUUUGUCGGGAUUUUUGACGGUGCGCUGUGUAUCAUCAUAUCAGAAUACCAGAUGCCUAUGUAACCUGCUGAGCAAACUGACAGGCGAACAACAGUAAACCUCUAGUCUACAGGCACGAAAAUUCCGUAGAAUUUUACAACUGCUACCUCCUAGAUAUUCCUGUAAGCUAAAGCUUUAACAGGUAAUAAACAUGGUAAUUCGGUGUCUCAUAGAAUAUCUGGGCAAGAAUU